AGUAACUCGACAAAUUUGCAACCCGAUUUCCAGCACCCGCCUUGUUCGCGUAUCUUCGCUCUCGACCCUUUCUCUCUCUCGAAUUCGCCGCCGCAGCCCCUCCUAUUCCCGCAGCCUCCACCGCAAAUCGCCGGCACGACCCCCACCUCGGUCUCGUCUACCGAUUUCCUCCGUCGGCGCCCCUUCUGCGAACCCUACCGGCGGCCCAGUUCCCCGUUGUAGCGGCGUAGGGCAACCAGAGAUAACGCUCGAUUCAGUUUGAUGGCUUCUUUGCUGCUCCGAAGUGCUGGUCGCGUGCUCCGGCGAUCUCUCCCGCAGGGUCCCUUUCGGCGGUCACCCGCGCAGCAGUUCGUUGAUAAUCCACGCCUCUUCAGCUCCGAUGGCGUCAAUAAGCAGUCCCGCACGCUAGAAAAGGGGCUUCAUCAACGCAUUGAGAACAGCCUCGACAGCAUAGAGGCGGACAUUACUGCGACUUCACGUACCCAGUGUUCUAUAGCGGAACAACUUGAAGCUAUACUAAAGAAGGAAAUAGACAAUGAAUUAGCGGAUAAGACACGCGAGAAGUUGGUACUCGGUGCCUUUGCUUUUCUUGGUAUUACCAUUUUUGCUGGUGAAGCCCUAUUUCGUGGAGUCAAGGAGAAAUAUCAGGCAGUUAAACCUCUAAUUUAAAGCCAGUUAUUUUUGGCUUUCGGAAGGGCUUCCCUGAAGCUGGGGGAAGGUAGCUUCCUGGAGAAGCCUAAACUGGGUGAGGGCAGCUUCCUCGAGUAGUAUCCAUAUGAACUUUGUGUUGGGACUUCUUUGCCCUUCUUUGCUUGUAUUCUACUGUAUUGAGUUAUGUCAUCUACAGUUCUACACUGCGUUA